UUUUCUUUGCAAAGCAGCAGCAGCAGCGAGCUCCCCUGCUGUACCCCCAACAGCCGCUAGGACGCCUCCUGCCUCCCAGCUCCCCCUGUACCGGAGGAGAAAGCCCCGGCGUCUGCUACAUGCAGGAUCCCCCUGACUCAUUUGUUACGCUGUAAAUCUGGGGGCAGAGGCUACUUAGCACGGCGAGGAGGACCCGAUUCGAAACUCACGUACCCGGGCUGCCCUCCCCUGCAGCAGCUGCUCCUGUCGGCUGUCCCUGCUGCCAAGAUCCGAUUUGUUUUCUUGGCUGGUCAGAAAUUGGAACAUAACUUGUGACUUGAGAUUAAGACGGCCUCACUCUAAAGAAAGUGUUCAUGAAUGGGAUUUACCCAUGCCUUGGUAUAUAUAACAAUAAGUAUGCAACAAACAUAACAUCUUGACAGGGAAUCAUGACCCCAGCUUUCAAUUUUCUCUUUAUUUGACAUCCAUUAAACAAUAAACAUUUUUCAAAAACAUUUAUCAAAAAUGACAAGUCUGUUUCGCAGGAGCAACAGCAAUGGCAGUGCAAGAGGCAACUCAUCCACUCAGGAACUUAACAACAGUCGUCCUGUGCGCCGGCUAGAGUUUAACCAGGCUAUGGAGGAUUUUAAGACAAUGUUUCCAAACAUGGAAUAUGACAUCAUUGAGUGUGUUUUAAGGGCUAACAACGGAGCAGUGGAUGCCACAAUUGAUCAGUUAUUACAGAUGAACCUGGAUGAAGGUGGAUAUGAUGACAGUUCGGACUCAGAUGACAGCAUUCCUCCAGAGAUUUUGGAAAGAACUCUGGAACCAGACAGUUCGGAUGAGGAACCUCCUCCAGUUUAUUCCCCCCCUAACUAUGACUUGCAUUCCUUUGACAAACCUCAUCCACAAGCUCCACCUACACCUCCUCCACGAACUGAAGUGCUGUCAUCCAGUGACUCUCAGGUACCGAAACACUGCAGGAACUGGAAUCCACCUCUCCUUGGAAACUUGCCUGAUGAUUUUCUACGCAUUUUACCACAGCAGAUGGACAGUAUUCAGACCUGCCAAAGUGGAACUUCUUCUUCACUACGUUGUGAGGAUUCUAAGAAGGAGCCUGGCUCCAUGGACCAGGAGCGAAAGUGGAAGCAGUAUUUGCAGGAUGAGAGAAUUGCUCUCUUCUUACAAAAUGAAGAAUUCAUGAGAGAACUGCAGAGGAAUAGAGAAUUUCUCCUUGCACUUGAAAGAGAUCGUUUGAAAUACGAGUCAAAAAAAACCAAGACUAGCAGUACGCCAAUAAAUAAUGAUUUUUGCCCUACAAUAUCAGCAGAUGAAUUCCAGGCUGUAUCUGGGCUCUGUGACUCCAAUAGUGCUAUAUCUGAAGAUGCCUUAUUUAGGGAUAAAUUAAAACACAUGGGAAAAUCAACCAGGAAGAAAUUGCUGGAGAUUGCCAGAGCAUUUUCAGAGAAAACAAAGAUGAGGAAAUCCAAGAGAAAGCAUUUGCUCAAACACCAAGUUUUUGGAACAGCCGCCUCCACAGCCAAUCUUCUGGAUGAUGUUGAAGGACAUUCAUGUGAUGAAGAUAUCCAAGCAAGGAUAAAACGGCAGAACCAUGAGGGGGUAGAAGCACAGAAAGAAGGACAGUCAAAGUUAGUUUCACUAACAACUUUUACUGCAACAGUGUAUAGAUUUGAAAUCAGUAUAGCAAUUAGAGAUGGCUACUGACUCUCUGUCUCAACA